AUGGCAUCCGAACGCGGGUUUGAAUUCCGCUCGCGCGACCUCGAGCAGCUCGUGCACGACGGCGUCCUGUCGUCCCGUCGCUACGCCCAGUGCACACGUUUCCGCCCUGGCGUCUUCUCGCUCUCUUCGACCCUCGUGCCGAUUGACGUGCACCAGCAGCAGCGCAGCGAGAAGAGAUUAGCGCGCGCUCUGAACGCGCUUCAAACGGAUUAUCGCGUGAGUUUAUCGCUCAGUAAAGAGGCACUGGGCUUCACUAAUUCGCUAGAGGACGCGCUGAGUUUCUUGGCGCUCCAGUGCACGAGUGAAGAGCUGCCGAAGACGCUCCGGGCGCCGUCUACGGAGCUCCAGCGAGGAAAAGACGCGGCCAAUGGACGUGGAGAGCUCGCGGCCGAGCUGAAUGUCCGUGCAGAUGGAUAUGAGAGGGACAGGGAGCUAGUGGACUUUCAGGAGGAGAAUGAGGAGGUGCUGGAGGAUGUGGAACGAGCACGUGGAGCUGUUGACGUGCUUGGAGUAGCUGGAGAGCAAGAGACGAAGCAGAAGGAGGCGCUGUCGUGGACGCAGCAGUACGUGCAGCAGCUGGACAUGCAAAGACAGGAGGGUGAGCUGCUAGCAGCUGGACAGACGGGACAAGAGACGUUGGAGAGAUGUGAGCAGGACGAGCUUGAGACGCAGUACGUGGAGCUCUUGGCGACCUUGCAGCGUCUGAAUGAGCGGCAGAGUCGGAAAAAGAAGAAAAAGGUCACGAGUGGUGAUAAGAACAAGCUUCGUGAUGUACGGGAACAGUUGCAGCAGACGAAACGCCAACUCGUGGCACGUGGCUGGCGAGAUCCGACGCAGCAGGUAGAUAUGAAAGGAAGGGAGAAGAAGAAAGAGGGGGAGGUUUCUAAAGAGGUGGUGAAAACUGUGGACGAGAGAGAGGAGGAGGUGGAGCGGAUUCGGGUGUCUAGUGAUGCGGUGGUGGAUGCUGAGCUGUUGGAACUAGCGUUCGGGAUAACAGAGAUAGGAGAAGAGAAGGAGAAGGCAACGAAGAUUCUGGAGACGUGGGAGGCCGAGGAAGAACAAGAAGAGGGGUCGUCGAGCUCUGUUGUUCAGGCCAAAGAUGUGAAAGAGGAGGAGAAAGACAGCAGUGGGGGUCUGUUUGGGUUUUUGGAGGAGGCAGAAUCGACUGUAGUAAGUGCGAACGAGAUUAAAAAGAGUGCAGCAAUCGACACGGCUGCAGUUAUUGCAGCCCAGGCGGCGGCUGAUCUGGCCACGUUGAAAAGUAAAAAGGGGAAGAACAAGAAAGGUCGCAACAUGCUGAAGGUCCAGGCGGCGGAAGCUCAAGCCGUUCGGGCGCAAUCUUCGGUGGCAGUGACUUGGACGGGAAAGUCGCCGCGUGAUCACUUAGAGCAGCACUGUCGCAAGAACGGGUUUUUAAAACCGCAGUACAAGAAGCUGCCUCGUCCAUCAGGCGGAGGACACUUGUACUCGAUCAUUUUAGACAACAAAGUGUGCGGAAAGCAAGAAGUCUCUGUAAGGGAUGCUCGUGAUGAAGUGCAGGGGUUUGAUUCAAUAUCGGAUGCAAAAGACGCCGUCUCUACGAGCGCUUUGUUUGAGUUAGCGUCUGAUCUGCCAUUAUAUCGAGUGCUACCCCCAGUGUACCGCGACAUGUGGCAGAAGUGGACCAAGGAGCGGCAAGACCAAGAGGCGGCAGCGGCAUCCGUUGAUCGCGACGAGCAUGAUGAAUUGAUAAGGGAGAUCUACAACACGCUUCCGAAAGAGAUUGCUGAAAAACAAGCUGUCGUAAAUGUACCAAAACUUGCUGUACCGCACCCGUCGCCAGGUGUGAAACAGGGCGUUGCAAGUACUGAAAAAGAAUCGAUAGAGGACUGGCAUGUCGAUGACUGGGACGCCGACUUACCCGAUGAGGAGAGUUCAGCUGAAACGGAGAAUGCAAGUGAUGGUCCAGCGGCGUCAUUUGAGAUAGAAGAAGAAAGUGAAAGUGACCGAAGCGCCGCAUUGAAACUGUCUUGCCAGCUGCGAGAACAGCUACAGAAACAAAUGCGAUCAAGCGCCUAUCGAGCAAAGCUUCAGCAGCGCGAAUCUCUACCCAUUGCAUCGUUGAAGAAACAAGUUGUCGGUAUGCUGUCGCACCACGAUGUGAUUCUAAUAUCGGGUGAAACUGGAUGUGGUAAGAGUACCCAAGUGCCGCAAUAUUUGCUCGAAGAGUUGCUGUUUUCCGAAAUGGGAGGUGCUCGUGGUCAGAUUGUGUGCACUCAACCUCGUCGACUAGCUGCUAUUAGUCUGGCAGAACGAGUCUCUGACGAGCUGGGUGAAUCAAACAUGGGCGCGGGUGAUUCGCUUACAGGCUUUCAGAUCCGCCUCGAAACGCGCAUGACGUAUCGCACUCGCCUGCUCUUCUGUACGACUGGUAUCUUGCUACGCAAGUUGCAAGACCCGCGCACUUUAGGCAAGGAAGUAAGCCACGUGAUUGUAGAUGAAGUGCAUGAACGCGACCUUCAGAGCGAUGUGCUACUGGCCAUGCUACGUCAAUUCCUGAUGGAAGGUAACGCGGUGAGACGCCGUCAGUUUGGAGGCAAGUUGCCACCGUUGAAAGUGAUCCUCAUGAGCGCUACGCUCAACGCUGCGAGCUUUCAGAAGUACUUUGGCGGAGCUGCUGUGUGCCCGAUGAUUGAAGUGCCAGGCCGUACCUUUCCCGUGGGGCAGUUCUACCUCGAGGAUGUGCUUGAAAUGACUCAGUUUGUUGUGGAUGAGGAGUCCCCCGCUUACAUUCCAAUAGACGGACAUGGCACGGACAGAAAGUCUACGCAAGUUACCAUCUCAGGUCGCGGGGGUGCGUCCUACACACAACAAGUGUCAUGGACCGCUUCUUCCUCCUCGAAAAAGGUAGCAGUGAAUGAGACUCAAAGCAAACUAGCUGAAAAGUACAGUGAGUCGACGCUGCUUGCUCUUGAGCGCAUCGAUCCUUCAGUAGUCAACUAUGAGCUUAUCCAGGCACUUGUGGAGCACAUUGCUUCGGAAAUGGAUCUGCUGUCAGUGUCGAAGGAAGGUGGUCAGCGAAGCAGUGCGUCGGUACUCGUGUUUCUUCCGGGUCUUCAAGAAAUCACCACAUUACUCGAUAUGCUCGGCGGCAGUCGUCUGUUACGCCAUGACCAGCACGGUCGCGAAUUCGAGCUACUACCACUCCACUCAUCGCUUUCGUCGCAAGAACAGCAGCUUAUUUUCCGACAGCGUCCAGGAGUCGUUCGGGUAAUUGCAGCAACUAAUAUUGCUGAGACGUCGCUGACGAUUGACGACGUUAAGGUUGUCAUUGAUACUGGACGCGUCAAGCAAAUGAGCCAUGAUGCCCAGCGUCGCACGAAUAUGCUUGACGAGAUCUGGGUUGCGCGGGCUAAUGCGAAGCAGCGGGCUGGUCGUGCAGGUCGCACGAGUGGUGGCUCUUGUUUCCGCCUUUUUCCACAGUCGGUUUUCCAUUCCGUUAUGCUCGAGCAACCGGUGCCUGAGAUCCAGCGUGCGCCAUUGACGUCGCUCUGUUUGCAGAUAAAGACGUUUGGUGCGGGAGGCAACGAGCAAAAGGGAGGUUGCGGGGAGUUUCUUCAAGCAUGUUUAGACCCGCCUGACGACGUCAGCAUCCGGAAUGCGUUAGAGGAGCUUUUCGAAAUUGGUGCACUAAAACGCGAGGACGAGGCGCUUACUGAACUGGGUGCGCACUUGGCUAGACUGCCUGUUGAUGUGAAGGUGGGUAAAUUACUCUUGCUCGGAGCAAUUUUUGGUGUGUUCGACGCUGCAAGCACCUGUGCUGCUGUGCUGGAGACAAAAUCUCCUUUUGUAGCACCUUUCGGUCGUCAAACUGAAACGAAACAGGCUCGCCGGAAAUUUGCAGUGGGUGCGAGUGAUUUGCUCACCGAUGUGAACGCUUAUGAAGCCUGGCGCUACGUUGUUAAUCAGGGGAAAAAUGGCCGGGUAACUGAAAACAGCUUUUGCCACGAUCAUUUCCUGAGCCGUCGGGCGCUGCGUGAAUUGAGCAAGCUCAAACGCCAGUUUCGAGGACUUGUAAUGCAGCUCGGAUUCUUGCCGCCACCUGAGUCUGCAGGGAAUGACUGCAUGACUCUCGAACAGCUGGCGACGAUGUCUGCUGUCCUCUUUGCUGGUCUGGCUCCGAAUCUAGUCCAUGCUGAGCCACCUGUUGCGCGAGGGCCAAAGCGUGCGGUGCUGCGUGAACGCGACCACUUCUGUGUUGCAGUUCAUCCGGGUUCAAUCAACUUCAAAACGGAGACCUUCCAUGCCAGCAAUUUUCUCACGUACGCAGUCAAGCUGCACACGUCACAGGUAUAUCUCCCGGCCUCUAGCCUUGUGCUACCUUUGGCGGUAUGCCUGUUUAGCCAUGGAUUUGAGCUACUACCACAACUGCGACGUUCCGACAAGGAUGGCAACGAGACGAUUGGCAUGCGUGUGAACGACUGGGUGGUUUUUCACGCAUCGUUCCGUUCGUCAGUAUUGGUGCAGGAAUUACGCAAUGCAGUUUUCGACAUGAUUGAUGCCAGCCUUCGAACACCACCAUACGCACGUGGUGCGAAUGUCGAGUCGGAGCUUCAGAAAAGUGAGCGGAAGUCGCUUGUUGGUGUGUUGCGCAUGCUUUUUCUAGCCGAAUACGAAGAGCGUGACCCGAAAAAGCACCUGUCUGACAAUUUGUGCGGGUUCAAGCAGUGUAAGUAG